UAGAUUUUUGGAUUUUUUAACACCCCUUUCCUAAUUCAAGCCACAUUAGGUUCAGGUGGCAGGCAUGUUUGUUCCCUCCCCUCUUUACCCAUUGCUUGCCACAGGCUUCUGGGCUUUGUCAUCGAUACUGACAUCCAAGAGGGGCAUGAGAAAGCAAGGCUGCAAGCUUCUUCUGAACAGAAUGGUCAGGCUAAGAACCAGAGGUGAAGAUGAAACAGAGCAUCCAUUAAUAAUUUGAUCCCCUGACUCCAUUUGACCAUCUCUGUUAAGCCCCCAAAGGCCAAAACCACCCAGAGCUUCAGCUUGUGCGUCCCAUAUGCGUACCUACUCCUGGGAGCUUAUUGGUUCAAUGGGAGCAAAGCAUAGGAAAAAUGGGCUCUUUCUUCUGGUGUUUCUUUGGACCUGGGCUUCUGCAGCUGCUCUUCUCUCCCCUAAAGGUGUUAACUUUGAAGUGCAAGCUUUGAUGUAUAUCAAAGACUCUCUAAAGGAUCCCCAUAGUGUUCUUGAGAACUGGGAUAGGGACUCCGUGGAUCCAUGCAGCUGGGCUAUGGUUACCUGCUCAUCAGAAAAUCUGGUCAUUAGCCUAGGAAUUCCCAGCCAAAACUUAUCUGGUACAUUAUCUCCAAGUAUAGGGAAUUUGACCAACCUUGAAACUGUGCUCCUACAAAACAACAACAUAUCAGGACCAAUUCCACCAGAGAUUGGGAAGCUCUCAAAGCUUAAAACACUUGACCUCUCCAACAACUACUUCACUGGUGGAAUUCCCACCUCUAUUGGCCAACUGGAAAGCCUUCAGUACCUGAGACUUAACAACAACAGUCUUUCUGGAGCAUGCCCUCUGUCUUUAGCCACCCUCACAGAGCUAGCUUUUCUGGACUUAUCUUAUAAUUAUUUGAGUGGUCCUAUCCCAAGAUUUCCAGCAAGGACGUUCAACAUUGUUGGAAAUCCUCUGGUUUGUGCCACUGGUUCAGAGCAAGAUUGCUUUGGGAUGGCGCCCAUGCCAUUGUCGUAUAACUUGAACAAUUCACAGAGUACUCCAACCUCAGGAAGGCCCAGAAGCGAUAAAGUCGCUGUUGCAUUUGGGUCCGGCAUUGGAGGCAUCGGUUUACUAAUUCUCGGUGUUGGACUAUUUUUAUGGUGGAGACAAAAACAUAGCCGACAGAUCCUUUUUGAUGUUGAUGACCAAUGUAAUGAGGAAGUUUGCCUUGGAAACUUAAAGAGGUUUCAGUUCAGAGAGCUCCAGAUUGCAACAGAUAACUUCAGUAGCAAGAACAUUCUGGGAAAAGGUGGCUUUGGAAAUGUCUACAAAGGUCAGCUCACCGAUGGAACUUUAGUCGCCGUAAAAAGGCUCAAGGAUGGAAAUGCUGCGGGUGGAGAGAUCCAGUUUCAGACCGAAGUGGAGAUGAUAAGCUUGGCAGUGCACAGAAACCUCCUCAGAUUGUAUGGGUUCUGUAUGACUGCUACAGAGAGGCUUCUAGUGUAUCCUUAUAUGUCCAAUGGAAGUGUUGCUUCCCGACUCAAAGGAAAACCACCCUUGGAUUGGAUUACUAGAAAGAGAAUAUCACUAGGAGCUGCAAGAGGUCUUCUGUAUCUUCAUGAGCAGUGUGAUCCUAAGAUAAUUCACAGGGACGUAAAGGCUGCUAAUAUAUUGCUCGACGACUAUUGUGAAGCCAUAGUAGGAGAUUUUGGGCUUGCAAAGCUUUUGGAUCACAGGGACUCGCAUGUGACCACAGCAGUUCGGGGCACCGUCGGGCAUAUAGCUCCAGAAUAUCUCUCCACAGGCCAGUCCUCUGAAAAGACUGACGUCUUUGGCUUUGGAAUCCUCCUCCUUGAGCUAAUAACUGGUCAGACUGCUCUAGAAUUUGGCAAGGCAGCAAACCAGAAAGGAGCCAUGCUUGAUUGGGUGAAAAGGAUCCAUCAAGAAAAGAAGCUCGAUACAAUUGUGGACAAGGUCCUAAGGAACCACUAUGAUAGGAUUGAGCUUGAAGAGAUGGUCCAAGUAGCACUGUUGUGCACCCAGUACCUUCCUGGCCACAGGCCCAAAAUGUCGGAGGUGGUUCGAAUGCUUGAAGGUGAUGGACUUGCAGAGAGAUGGGAAGCCUCGCAGAGAGUUGAAGCCUACAAGUGCAAGCUGCAUGAGUUCUCCUCGGAGCGCUGCUCCUCUGACUUGACUGAUGAUUCAUCAUUACUGGUUCAAGCAAUGGAGCUUUCUGGUCCAAGGUAAUUUUGUUGACAACAAAGAGGCUUGGCAACUUGGAAAAGAAUCGCAUCCACUUCAAUAUGAUGAGUUUAUGUGGUAUCGAGUUGAAAUCAGAAUGUUGGGAUGGUAAAUCUUGGUUAGAUUUACACAAGCUUUGGUUUUUUUUUGAUGGAGUGAUUUUGGAGUGUCUGCUCAGCCAGGAAGCUUUCAUAUAUGGAAUGAGUUUUUCUUGUAUAGAAGUGACAUGCUGAAGUUAAGAACCCCAAGGGUUCAUGACAGUGAAAAGGAUGAUAUAAUUCAAUCAUAAAGAUUAAGAAACUUAGCUGGAGGC